AUGUAUUAUACUCGAAAAUAUAGUCGAACAACAAGUAUUCGUUCAGACGAUCAGAUAAAUAACUCGUUACCAGCUAAACGACUUAGUAUUCCUGCUUGUGAUCAGUCGUCAAAACCAGCAGCUGUCGUUACUUUAUCGUCUUCACCCGUAGAUACAACAGACGUUACACGUCAUCGUCAUCAUGUCAUCCCCUCCUGUGACACAUCGAAUAUUCCUAAUCAACAAAUAUCAAUUGCUUCAACUUCAUCUAUUAAUAUAAAGCCAGUUGUACAGAUAUCGAAUUUUCCUAUUAAUACGAAUCAAUAG